AUGGACACAGCUAUCACUAUUAAAUCUAAUUAAACUAAAGCAAGUAUUUAGUCUUAAUAAACAAUAGAUAAUGUUAGUCAGAAAUCAUAGCAAAAGCUAUAUAAACUAUAAGUUAAUUUGGAUGAGGAGACCAUAAAUAAUGCAUGGGCUGCUUUCGGAACCUAUGUUUGCAAGUGCUUAAGAUAAGGAAGAGCAGUGAGCAUACCUAAAUUUGGUUUAUUCACAUACUCAUUUAGAGAUGUUAAUCUUGAUGGAACAACAAAUGAAUAUGAAAGAGAUAAAGAAGAAAGAGAACCAGUAUUUAUAAUUUCAAAAGAUUUCGCGAAGGGUUUAAAUAUUAAAUCUGGAGUUUACCGUUUAGGUGGUAUUAUAAGACCUCUAGUUUUGUCAUCCACAUCAGGCAAAAUUUAGCAAACUCUUUGCAGUUAUUAAGAAAUAGCCAGUAUAUCAUAGCUAAACAAAGAAGAAGUUAAAUAUAGUGUAGAAAGAAUUAUAAGAAGGAUAGAAGACUAAAUUAGAAAUGGAGAUGAAUAGGUUUACAUGUUCAUACCUUCCUUGGGAUUAUUUAUGUAUAAGAAGGGUAUUACAUGUGUUAAAUUUUAGGAUUUCAUUAAAAAAGAUAUAAAAGGAUUGCUAAAACUAAAUGUUUCUGAUAGAAAGAAGAAAAACCAAAGUGAUUUAACUUCAGAAAAACUUAAAUAGUUGAGCUAGAGUUAUUAUAAAAGUUAAAAUAACUAAGAGGAAGAAAAUUAUUAAACAACACAAAUAUAGGAAGAUGCUGAGCAGUACUUAAAGAAUAACCUUUAAAUCGAUCCAAGCUAAAUUAUAGAAGAAGGAAGGACACCUAAUAAUUAAGAAGAACUUUCUAAUAAAUUAUAGCAAAUAUUAGCUUCUAGCACGAAUGAUACUAUCAAAUUAUCAACAGCAAGAGACUCUUAUAGCAAACAAACUAAUAGGAGUAUAACAGUUAUUUAAAGCGAAGAAGAAAUUGCAUUUUAAAAGCUAAAUUAUUUACUUAGAAAUAAAUGUAUUAAGCCCUAUGAUUUACUUUCAACGAUGCUUGGAUAUAUUUAUGGUAUAAACUCAACAGACAGAAAAACUUUAACCUUAGAGCAAUUCAUGAAAGCUCUGCAUAAAUAAGAUAUUGAGAUGGAAAGCGAUGAAGAAUACUCCUUGGUUUUUUCAUAUAUUGAUUCAAAAAGAGAUAAAAAAAUAGAUUUAGAGGAAUGGCAAAAUGCUUUCUCGAAAAAAGAAAGUUAGUCACUUGAAUAUUUGAAAGACAUAAUUAUGAGAAACAACAUAGUUAUUGAUGAUUUCUUUAAAACUAUGGGAUUAAACAGAGAUACAGAAUAAAUAACUUUAAAGGAAUUUAAGAAUGGAUUAAAAAAAAUUAAUAUAUCCAAAUAUAUUUCAGAUCUUGCAGCAGCUGAAAUUUUCGAGGACAAAUAAUCUCUGCCACCUCAGCAAAUUAUUGAUAAAUUAACUGCUGAUAGAAAAAAUUUAAAGAAUUUGACUAAUUUGCAAAAUACAGCUAGAACUGGUACAAGCGGAUAGAAUGACAUAGAUGAUAGUGAUACUUCUUUACUGCUUUAAAUAUAUAGGAAAAUUAAAUAGGAGUUAAUAAAUAAGUAUCCAGAAGAGAAACAAGACAGACAUGAUAAAUAUUUGAUUUAAGAAUUCGAAAAGCUAGAUUAACAAAGCUAAGGAUCUUUAGAUAUUGCUAAUUUUAAGACUUGUUUAAUGAAAGCCAAUUUAAAUCUUACGCUGAAUGAAGUAGUAAGAAUAGCUAGAUAUAUUGAGAAAAAUUAAAAAGGAUAAAUAGAUUAUUGCAAAUUUAGCAAAAAAGUAAAUAAUUCGUUGAGAAUGAGUGAUGAAAUCGAAUCUUUGCCUUAUCUUGUAGAAAUGAUAAAAAAAUACAUGCAACAAAAUAAAAUGAAUAGUGAAGAAUUUAUAACUCAUCUGCUUGAAAAUAAGGAAAAUAGAAAAACAUUCAAUAUACAGGAUAAGAAAAAAGUUAGAAUCCCUGUAUUCGCUUAGAUGAUUGCAAAAAAAAUAAAUUUCAAUUUACAAGAGUCAAUUAUCUAAUAAAACUGUGAGCUGAUUGACAUAGAUAGAGAUGGUUACAUUGACAAAUUUGAUUUAGAAACAUUUUUAAGCCGUUAUUACUAUAUAGAAGACUAAAUAUCCAAAAAGACUUCAUUCGCAUCUCAAGUCUUCUCCAAGUCUCAUACAGGAAAUUUUUUCUCAAUGAGCAAAAGCAACGGUAUUGGAUCUACAAUAAAAAGCAAGCAGCAACUUACAAGCUCUUUGUUGAACAUCACAAAAUCUUAGCUCGUCAAUCAACCAAUACGACUAUAUCCCACAGAUAAUCUUCCUCUUGAGAAGCUUGAAGUUAUACUUAGAGAUUUAAAAUAAAAUGCUGGUUUAAGAAGACUCUCUUAUUAUGAAAUUUUUAAGAUUUUAGAUGUUAACAAUGAUGGAUUUGUAAGCUUCAACGAAUUCGAAGAAAAAAUAGAUUCCUUUGUAAAGCUGAGCAGUCAUGCAAAAGAAGGACUAUUUUCAUAUUUUGAUCACUUGAAAAUUGGAAUGUUUGAUUUCCCUAGAUUUGCCAGCAUUUUAAGCAGAAUAACUUUAAAAAAUCAUGAUGAUAAAUAAAUAGAUAACUGGGAAUGGUAGCACAGCAUUAUUAGAUAAAUUAAAGAAUGGAAAGAAACUAAUGGUUUUACAGAAGAAGAGGCUUUUAGAAUAAUAGACUGUGAUUUUGAUGGUUUUAUCAGCAUUGACGAUUUGAAAAAAUUUUUAUCAAGGGACUUUAAAUUAAGGGAAGAACAUUUAGACAGCACUAAAUUAGAUAGGUUAUUUAAGCUAUUCGAUUAAUACAAAAAAGGAUACAUCUAAAAACAUGAUUUUGCAAAAAUAUUUACAAACUAAUUCGAGGAAUAGCUUUCAAAUGGAUUUAAAACCACUAAAAAUAUUACUUAUAAUGAUUCUUUUUUCAAAAAACCAGAAGAUUAAUUAUCCAAAAAUACUUCUAACAUUAAGGCAUUUACACAAACUCCGAAAUCUGUUCCCAAUAUAUAGGUGAAAGAGCUAUCAAAAACAUUGACUUUCUUAAAACCUAAGAAACAAUUACACAAUGGAAACACUUUAAAUAUAGAAGACUGGAUGAUAAAUUGUUGUCAACAAAUAGCUCUUGUGGUCUCAUCUAAAUACAAAGACUUAGUAGAAGCAUUUGAAAAAAUUUCUAACCACUCUCAGAAAAUAGAAUAUUAAAAGUUGAAUGAUUGGAUAUUAUAGACAAAUGCUCUAUUCGGUUUUAAUUUAACUGAAACUCUAUUGUAGUAGCUCUUUGCUUACAUGGAUCCUCACAAAAAAGGCUACAUCACAUAAGAUGACUGGGUUGAAUGUUUAAAAAUAUACACUGAAUCUAAAGACAUUCCCUUAAGUGAUUUGACAGAUUUAAUAUACUUUAGUUUCAAAUCAAAUGAUGAAGCAUUUAGGUUUUUCUUAUUUGGAUAAAAAUUUGAGAAAUAAGAUUUUAAAAAUACCUAAAGUACAAGUACGACUAGCGAAGUUUCUCUUCAUAAAUUUAAGUUUGCUUUGAACAACCUCUACAAGCAGGUUUAUUCUGAUAAAAUUGUUGAAAAACUUUGGAUUGCAAUACACCAAUUUCUCAAAAUACCUGUUGAGUAGCAAUUAACCUUAGAACAUUUUAAUAAGUUAUUCCCAAGGAUAAAUAACUAAAAUUCAAGGUACAAUAGGACAAGCAGUAAUACGAGAAUUAGAGUGGCAAAUAUAGAUUCCUUAAGAUUCUCAGAUUAAUUCAAAAGCAACUCUCUAAGUUGCAAUAAUCUUAUUUCUUACAAUAAUUUUACUCUGCACGACGAUAUUAUAAAUAAAUUUAAAAAUCUGAUAUUAUCUAAAGGAAAAGACAUAGAGAGUAUUUUCAAAUAGCAUGAUACAAAUAACACUGGUUUUAUUAGUAACACAGAAUUCAAAAACAUACUGAUGAGAUUAAAUAUUGGCUUAAAUGGGAGAGAUAUGGAUUAUAUUCUAAUAUUUGCAGAUCCAUCAAGCCCAGCAGAAAUAAACUGGAAAAAGUUUAUGAAAAAGCUUCAAUUCUCGUCAUCAUAAUAGAACCUAAUUAACAGAUCGAAAAAAAGGAUAAACCACCUUAAAGAAUGUUUAUAUUCAUACUUAAUAUCACCAAAGGAUGCAUUCAGAGAAUUUGAUGAAGAGAAAAAAGGAUACAUGACCUUAGAAGAUUUUAGGUAUUUUCUUGUUAAAGUUUCAAAACUUGACAGGAGUGAAAUACCUUCUUUCGCAAUUUCAAAAGACAUGUUUGACUAAAUAGAUUUAAAGAAGGAUGGCUUGAUUGAUUUAGAUGAGUGGAUACAAGCAUUCAUGAAUUAUGGAGGUACUGAAGAACAUGAUAAAAUUAUUCAGGAAAAAGAAAAGGAUAAAUUUACUUUUUGCUAAUUUCACAAGAAAAAGCUAGACAUCUUGAACAGUAUAAUUGACUAAAAAAAGAAGUAACAGCUUUAAGAUAAGCAAGCAGAUACUAAUUCUUAGUAAUAAAAUUCAACAUCAUUGUCAAGAAAUAAUUCAGUGAGUCUAGUAAAUGGGUCUACAAAACAAAAUGUAAUAGAUAUUAUUAAGAACAACUCUUCUAUACCAUUGUCUUGGGAAAAAAGUUAAGAUUAUGAUAAGGCUAUUUCUUUAAUUGCUAGAAAUAGAAGGUAUCUUAUACAAAAGUUUGAAGCCCUCUAUGAAUAAUAGCACGGUAAAGACAAAAGAGAUGGCUUGGACAAAUAUUUAAGUGUUGAAGCAAUUAAAUAAGUGCUUUGGGAAUUUUUAACUAGCCACAACAUUCAUCCAUCUUAGUUUAAUUUGUCAGUUUUGUACAAUUUCGCUGCUUAAAAAAAUGGUCUUAUUAAUUAUAAUUUCAUGAUAGAUGUUUUUAAGAGCAGAUUAGAUUAAAUAAAUAAUCCUCCAAAAAACUCUUGA